AUGGCUCUACAAUUACAUUCAUACAAAGAUCACGCUCACAUCGGUUAUGUCGUGUUCGAUUGCUUGGGGAGUGCCCCGGACGAGGUUUGUCAGAUAGACGCGGCGACAGGACAGGAAGAGACCAACGGCUCGGUGUUGUCGCGGUCUAUUCGGUUGGCAAGGGCGCUGAGGAGUCAUGGGUUACAGCCAGGGGACGUGUUGGCAUUCGGCGGGAACAACCAUAUCGAUCUUUACAUACCUUACUACGCAGCGUUGUUAAACGGCCACCCAAUAGUUGGUGUCGACCCCUGGUAUAAAUACGAUGAAAUAAAAUCAUUAUUUAAAAUAACACGACCGUCAAUUGCUUUUUGCGACCGUACUUCCCGUGUUGACUACGAAAGAGCGGCUGAUGAUCUGGGCCUCAGCAUAAAAGUAGUAUGCUUUGAGGAUGGCGAAUGCUCAAUAAGAGAGUUUGUCGAUACGUACAAUGUCAAAGAGCCCGAGAGUGACUUUAAAAUAGCUGACUUUGACGUGGAGAAAAUUUAUGCUUUCUUAGUGUGUACUAGCGGUACAACCGGCCUUCCAAAAGUGGCUGCAUUCAAACAUCGAGUUAUUAUAGAAAAGUUUGUCUCGUUCAUUAACUUUGUUAGAAGCCCUGGAACUGCACGCACCGUAGGACUAAAUCUAUCACCAGUGCAAUGGAUUUCCGGGAUGUUUAACGCCAUUUCUAUGCCUAUUAUGAAUCAAGUAAAACUUCAGACUUCCAAGUCGGACGAUGUGGAACAUUUGAUCGAAAUCAUAAAUAAAUAUAAGCCGGAUUCGGUGAUGUUCAGCCCGUCACUAAUGUCUGUUAUGGUUAAACGGCGGGAUGAAAUGGACCUUAGCUGCUUCAAGAAUAUCAUUGUGACAGGAGCGAAGACCAACCCCGACGUGAUUAAUGAUCUACGGACGCAUGUCCAGAAGAGUACGGUAGUGAUGGAGGCAUACGGUUGCACAGAGACAUUGGGGCCUGUCCUUAUUCCAAAUUUAACAGGACCAAGGGGCAGUUGUGGUAAAGUUUCGGAAAAUUAUGAAAUAAAGCUAGUAGAUCCUGAUACAGGAUUAGAAAUAACAGAGCCAUAUGUGCCAGGAGAAUUGUUGGCGAAAGGACUAUGUUUUACGGAGUACCUGCAUAAUCCGGUAGAGACGGAGAAUGCAUUUUCCGAAGACGGCUUCUUUAAGACUGGCGAUCUAUUGUACAGAGAUGAAAAUGACAACUUGUUUUUCGUAGACCGAAUCAAGAUGCUGAUCAAGUAUCGUAAUUCUCACAUAGUUCCAUCUGAGCUGGAGGAAGUUAUAAUGCAGCAUCGUGGAGUGCAAGACGUUUGCGUAACGGCGUUAUCCCACCCUGAGGACGGUCAGCAUCCUGUGGCAUGCGUCGUUCGAAAACCUGACGCCUCAGUAACCGCACAGGAGAUAAGAGAUUUGGUUGCUAGAAAACUAUCGAAAACCAAGGAAUUGCGAGGGGGCGUGGUGUUUCUCGACACAUUGCCUAUGACGUCCACGGGAAAAGUAGCGAGAGGAAAACUUAAGGAGUUGGUGCUCAAGGCGCAUAGAGAA